GAUUGGAUGAGAUAACCUGGGGUACUUGCCCCUAGGGUAGAAGAGAAUCCUUCUCACUGUAGGAGCCCUAUCCUUCCGGAACUCUAGGGGGCUCCAGCUCAGAGUCUGGAGAUGCUCGACGGACUGCAGAUCUCUAGAGACUUGAUCGGAUCCUGGUCAUGGAGCAUCGAAACAUCACCUAUCCACGCCAUGUGGAACCUGAGGGAAAAAGCAGAAAGGGUUUCCAGAGAUCCCUGGGCCACUACGCUCAGAUCUUUAUCUCCUCUCUGUCUUUCAGUCUCACUCAGGAAGCCACAGGAGUAGGAGAGGAGGGAGAAAAGAAGGAAGAAGAAAUGGAGGGAAGACAAGCUGGCGAUGGUGCUUCUGGCUCCGCGGAUGACAACAUCCAGCAAGAAGGUGGCCAAGGCAGCAAUAAUCAACAACAACCUCAGCAAGAGGCAGCGAUUCCUGAGGGUGCCAGGAAUCAACAGGCUGGGAACAAUCUGGCUCACCACCGGUACAACCACACCAGGUUCACCCAUGCUCAGCUGCAUGAUCUAGAGCGCCUUUUCCAAGAGACUCACUACCCCACCUUUCGAGCAAGGAGGCAUCUUGCAAGAUGUAUGGGUGUGGAGGAAUAUGACGUCCUGAAUUGGUUUCGGAUGAGGAGAUCCCUUUACAAGAGAAACAAGAGACUGCUCAUGCUCUGCUAUCUGUCUCCACUUCCCCAGAGCGACUCUCCCUGA